CUUCAAGCAUCAUCUGUGUGGGCAAUAUGCAAACCAUCUCCUCUCUCUCUCCUUGAAGACAGGAUUUGCAGUCAAGUAUAACCUCUUCAAUUUCGACAUUUCUCACAGAGCUACACCAAUAUAUAACCACAAGGAAGUAUUGUUUUUGUGAAAGGUAAUGGAUUUUGAGCUAUUUCACUCAUUUGUCAAUUUAUAUAUGUCUACACGUAAGUAGGCUGUAUUAUAUAAUAGAGGAGAGACAACACGAACAAUAAUUGUGGUUAAAACGUUAUCAGCAAAGUUAAAAAAAAAAAAAGAAAGAAAAAGGCUAUUGACUUUUUUUGUAUAAUUUAACUCAUAUUUUUUUUUUGAUUGAUAUUGCAAACUUACAGUUAGUAUUCACAACAUGUAAUCCAAGUCUUAAAAAAACGAGCAAAGGAAUCUUAUGGGGAGGAAUCUUGGAUAUUUUCACUGCUUCCCUUUGUCCAAAGAGACCUUUUUGGUGAUAGACUACACUUGUUCAAUGGUUUCUCUCUCUCUGCUGUUCUCUUGUCUCAAAAUGGCUUCUCUACAGACAAAGGACAGCACUGUGCUGUAAAAUGUUGCUGCGCCAUAACUGGGUGAGGCUCGCUCACUCGGCGAGAGUGGAGGUUUAUUUUUUUUUUUUUUUUUUUAACCCGAGGACGUUUCUCGGUGAUUCAACAGGAAGGCUUUUUUUUUUACACGGGUGAUUAUCUUUUUUUAAAACGUUAAAACAUGUAAAAUACGAAGAAAAAGUAGUCGACAGAGCGUGUGAGGAAGGAUAACGUUAAUAAGGUUAAUAAGGUGGCGUAUUUAGGCUGUCGGUUGCUGGGUGCCGACUCGCCCUGGCAACGGCAGUAAUCCGAGAGCUCUGGACGGUUGCCACGAAAGCUCGAGCGCGUUGCUGCUGCACCCCCACUCUGCCCAUAUAAGGUCAACAGGAAUCCUCUGCACUGUUAGCCCUGUUGUUUUUGUAUCUGGGUGAAAAUAACACUGGGGGGGUGCUUCGGGCUUCCGUACUUUAAGUCUGAGACAAAAGGCAAGGCGGGUCGAGUGUUUUUAAGUGCUGCAGAUCAUAUAAAUGAGUAAGAAUCGAUUUUAUAUUCGGUAAAGGAGUUAAAAGUAGACAUGGGGGGGAGGGGGUGUUAAAGGGCUUUCCAUGUGCCUGUUGGUGUGUAUGAAGACACAAAGUCGUAGUCGGUGUGGCAGAGGCCUGUUUGUCUCGUUAUCCACUCCUAGAUCCGGCUGCCAAAUGCGCACGUCCUGUAUGAACACCAUUCCUCCACUGCUCCCUCUACCCCCAUCCCCAUGUGCAGUGGAGACAAAAAAAAAUGUGUGAAGAAGGUUUUAUGUGUGUGACAAAGGUGAACAUGUAGCGUUCAGAUCCACCAGGGUUAUUUAUAGGCCUUUGUUGUAAAAAAAAAAAAAAAGAAAAGAAACAACCCUCCCCGGUGGGUUGCGCCAUUCAGCUUUGCGCCGCUGACAGACUGGAAUAUUCCACACAGAGGAUUGGCCUCUCUUCUUGCAGGACAGCUGUCUCUCUGCACGGCGAACAUCUAUUUUUGACAAUUUCUCUUUGUUAAUUGAUGAAAAAAAAACAAAAAAAGGGGGCUAUACACACGUAUGGAUAUUUUGUACACCUACGGGACAAUUUCACAUCUUUUAUAUGCUACUUUAUUCACAUGUUAAAGCUGCCAGUUUCACCUUGUAAGUCAAACAAGCACUCUUCUUUUUUUGUUGAUAUUUAUUUAUUAUACAGGCAUUUUUUCAUAGCUUUUGCUACACCAUACCGUAUUGUAGAAGCAUAUGGGGCACAUGAGAACCGUGUAUGGCUAUUUUUGUGGAGUCAGAAUAACCUGGUAGACAGACUGCUAAAUGCCCUUUCUUUCUGUCUCUCUUUGUAUGUUCAGCCUUUUAUUCUGACGGAUUGUUCACUGAAUCAAAUCAGGUUUCCUCGGCACUUUGUGUGUAUGUGUGGUUUUUUUUUUUUAAGGAUUUUUCAUGCAGAUUGGUGGUACUGUAUUUAUUUUAUAUGGCUUUUGUUAUUUCUAGCUCUUAAAUUGGCUUAUUUGCAUGUCUAGUGUAAUGUUCCACAGUAUGGUUUCUGAUGUAGUCUCUUUUACUGUCUGUGUUUUCUAAAAUGUUUGAAUAAAUAGAUUAUACACUCAUUUUAUGUUUUGUUGUUGUGGAAAUUUAAGCAGGUUGUUGUAUUUUUUUGAUGGAUUUGCAUUGCAAUUUUCAACUUAAAAUGAUUUUUAGGCCCAUAUUUUAAACAGUGUUUUAGCCUAGUCAGGACAUACUACACUAAAAAGUACAUAAUGCACAAUUCAUGCUGCAGCGUGAUAUUUUUUGUUGUUGUUGUUAAAAUUCCCUUUUAGUUAUUGCAGUAAAUGUGUGUGUGUAGUCAGGCAAAAUGUUUUCUGAAAAUAGGCAAAAUGAAGGGCAGUGUCAGCUCAUCCUCUUAAAGGGACAGCUUGCUUAAAAUGUCCUUUACAAUAACUGCAUAUUUUCCCACCAGUGACAACUGAAAAUUAACUUUUUAAUUUGACUUUGUAGCCUACUUCAGUUUGGGUUUGACUGCCUUUCUGAGAGAGAAAAUGUUUCAGACCAGAGACUGAAUGAAAAUGAUCUCAAUUGCAACAUUUCUGUGCACUCUGGCUCUUUCCUGACACCCACUGUAAUCAGAUAUCUGUGAUUAUUAGCAAUCAUCGACAUGACUGACACAUAUUUCCGAUCCUAAUGUUAAAAAUAUCCCGUUCUGGCAUUAUGCUGUAAUUUCCAUGAAAAUCAUCCAGGUCAUUUGAUGUCUAGUUGUUACUCAAAGGCAACUGGACUGAAUGUAUCACACCUCACUGCAUGUCCAGUUGCUUCUGAUCGUUACUAUAUAUCUGGCUCACUAUCUCCAAUUUAAACACAGAGAAGCUAUUUCUCACGCUCUAAAAACAGCCUCAAACACCCACAGCCUCCCUUUCAAAAACAGCACGUAACCUACUGUACCUCCGACUGUUAUCUCUCCAAACCAAUCACUUUAUUUUGCACAUUUAAUUAGUUUUUUGCUGGAUAAGAUGUCCGUACAUUGCACCCUGGAACGAGAGAAAAUAGUUUGUCCUGACGCCCAAUCUGUGAUGUCACUGCUGUGUUUGGCCAUACAGACUGAACAAAGAAGUAGAACUGACAUCUUGGUUGUAAAUACGCUUGGGGGAUUCAAUAGAUCACAUAAAAAAAAAAAAAAAAUGCAGGAAUACACACAACAAACUUUCUAAAAAAAUGCAUGUAUGUAUUUCAUGCUUGGAUUCUGGUUGCUGAAGGUUUAUUUAAAGGUUAACACUCGAAUAUUAUACAGUCAGACCAAAAUCAAUUAAAACGUCUGUACCUCGUACAUUUUGGUUUCUCGUGAAUCAUCAUCAGCCACAUUUGUGAAUACCACAAAUAUUAGACUGACAUUAUCAUUAAAGGAAUAUUACAUAUUGAUUGAAACAUCCACUCCUGAUGAUGAAAAGAGUGGACAACCCAACAUAAAAUGCACACAUACAUAUAGCAUAUUAAAAGAAUCUGAGAGAAGUGCGGCAGCUUAUUUAUUCCUUGUUAUAAUUUGUGUUUCACUUAAGGAGAAAAGGGGCUGGCCUCACAGUGUACGUUUCUGAUAAAGCAAGUUCACAGAAGUCAAAAUGGCUAAUGGAGGUACAAGGUUAGAUACACAAUCAGUCUUUUCACUGUCAUCAGAGGAUCUCCAGGUCACACAUUCAUGACUUCACUGAUAAGGAGUCUUAUUGUAGUGAUAACUGUGACUUUACUUCAGCGUUAGGGGUGAACAUUUUUUUAGUGUUAUCUCACACGCACAGUGCUGUUUGAUGGAGGCAGUGCUUCAGAUUGAGUACCCACCCAGAAAAUGCAAUAGAGGAAGUGGGAGCAGCCGGACUCAGCAGCUCCACAUGUUUCAACUCAGCUGCGGCACUAUUCAUACCCAGAUGAAAUGAGAUGCUUUCAGCGAGCGGGCUGACAAUAAGACUGGAGAAAAGUGUAGGGGGUCAAUUGGAAACAGCUUCAAUGUGACAGGAACAGGAAGUGGUGAAGAGAGUGAGCUACCUGGUAAAUCAUGAGACUUGUCUGUUCCUCUCUAUCGACACUGCCUGUAUAUCAUCUCAGCCUUUCCAAAUAUAGAUUCAUUAGGCUUUACCAUGUGUUCAACUUAAACCUGGAGGGAGUAUCUUCAGCCCCGUCCUGUCUGGCACCUGUUUGAUUGUUUUGGUGGCAAGAUGACACAAAACGGUGCUAGGACUGUGAAUGGUACCGCAAAAAAAGGAGAAGAACUUAAAAUUGUGAUAGUGGGAGAUGGAGGCUGCGGGAAGACCUCACUUCUGAUGGUUUAUGCUAAAGGUGAUUUUCCAGAGAAAUAUGCGCCAUCAGUGUUCGAAAAAUAUGUCACCACUAUCUCUCUCGGAGGAAAAGAGAUAAAGCUCAACCUGUAUGACACAGCUGGACAGGAUGACUAUGACAGACUUCGCCCGCUCUCAUACCAAGAGGCCAAUCUGAUUUUAGUGUGCUUUGAUGUGACCAACCCCACCAGCUAUGAAAAUGUCUUGAUAAAGUGGCACCCAGAGGUGAAGCACUUCUGUCGGGACACUCCGGUCAUCCUGAUUGGCUGCAAGACAGACCUCAGGAAGGAUAAAGAGUGUUCAAGGAAGCUCAAGGCCAUGAAUCAGGCUCCCAUCACUUACAUGCAGGGUGAGGAGACCCGGCAGCAGAUGAAUGCAGAGCUCUACCUCGAGUGUUCGGCAAAGUAUCAGGAGAACGUGGAGGACGUUUUCAGAGAGGCCACCAAAAGAACUUUGGCCCACAAUCGAAAACAGAAGCACUUCAAGAGGAAGAAGAAAUGUGUCGUUUUGUGAAGUCAAAAGGACAGAGGCUUGAUGAGGACUCCACCCUCCUGCAUGUAAGAGGCCACUGCUGAUGGCUUCACUUUUCUCUCACUCACAUUCAGACUGGUUGGUCACACACCAAAGAUGAUUCAGAAAGUACUCACUCCCUGUAAGUUUGAGCCUCACUGAAUCAUCCUUUACCGUCACUAGAACACGACUACUGACGUAACAGGAAAAAAAAUUAGGCAAGAAGCUGCAGCAGCGUGGACUUUCUAAAGUGCUACGCAACUUGAAAUGCUUUCUAUCAAUCUAUUUUUAUAUUUUGUCUGAUAGAAAGCGUUGUACUGUUUCCAAACCAUAUUGUAUUGAUAUAUAUCUGUGUGUAUUUUUUAGGAAUCUGAAGAGUUAGUUCUCAUGUUGUGUUUUCCAUAUAUUUUUGUAAGGUCGAACUGAAUGUUUAAUGUGUUGCAGAUAAAUUCUCAAACGAAAUAGCAGUUAAAAUGGAAUAAAUCUUUGUACUGUGAGUCACGGUUCAAGGGGAAAAGAAACUAAACAUUCAUGAACACCCAGCAGGGUUAUAUCAUUUCCAGAAAAACAAAACACUGAACUAGAAUUUGUUUUGGAGCUGUGUCAGUUUUAAACAAGAGCUCUUAUCUUUAACAACAGCGCCCACUAGUGUCGAAACAAAUGAAUGUGAGCAAUGGCUGCUAAUAAGACAAAAUAAAUACUUUCUGUAUCAGUGAACAGAAUAAACACAGCAACAGACAGUUUUUAAAAUGGUGUUUAAUUAUUAAUAUAUAUUUUUACAACGAUGUACACAGAUUGAGAAAUUGUCAUCUGUCUCUUGUCACUGAUCAUACUUAGGCACCAGUUACAGUCUUGAAAUGAACAUUGUUUAACAUCAGCUACAUCAUAAAAUGAGGAAAUCAAGUUGUUCUGUGCAUUCGGGCAGCUCUCACAUCAAAUGUAACAUUUUGGUCUGUAACCAAAAAAAACAAAAAAACAAAAAAAAAACAAGCUUCAAUUCUCCCUCAAUAAAAGUGAUGUGUGAUGAAA